GGCCUUGUUCUCUGCUGCGUUAUAUAUACCCCAACGUUCGCUCCUUUUCUCUGCAACAUUCAUCACUCAUUUUCAGUAAAGAGAUUCAGCAAAAAUGACAUCCUUUUCAAUUUUCACGUUGAAUUAAGGUAGUUUCACGAUCGUUCAAGAAACCGAAAUCUCAAGAGAAGGGAGAGAGAGCGAGAGGGUUUCAAGCGAUGGCGAUGCAUCGUUUGUUUGAGGCCGUGCACAAAAUGAAGGCCCCGUUGAUGAUGGUGGUCGUCCAGGUCGUGCUUGCCAGCGUCAACAUACUGUAUAAGCUGGCCGCGAGCAACGGGAUGAACCUGACUCUCGUCGUCGCCUACCGGUUAAUAUUCGCGACCGCUGUCCUGGCCCCUCUGGCUUUCUUCUUAGAAAGGAAGAGCUGGCCAAAGAUAACAUGGAUAGUGCUUGCGCAAGCCUUCUUUUGUGGGCUAUUUGGGGGAUCAAUGACGCAAAAUCUGUACCUAGCAAGCUUGUCAAUGACAUCGGCGACAUAUGCCUCGGCCAUGGCCAACCUCAUCCCCGCCAUAACCUUCGUCUUGGCCGUUUCUCUUGGGUUGGAGAAGGUGAAGCUGAGGACAGUUGCAGGGAAGGCAAAAGUGGCGGGAACAUUAAUGGGGAUCGGUGGCGCAAUGCUGCUCACGUUCUACAAGGGAAUGGAAGUCAACCUUUGGUCAAUGCACGUGAACCUGCUGCGCCACGUGGCGGCGACCCAGCAGGGCCGGGAGGGUUCGAGCAAUCUCCUCCUGGGAUCGCUUUUGGCCGUGGCCAGCUGCUUCUGCUACGCUUUGUGGUUGAUCAUUCAGGCCAAGAUGAGUGAGGGAUUCCCAUGCCAGUACACGAGCACGGCUUUGAUGACCUUCAUGGGAUCAAUCCAAGCAGUGGUUUACGCAUUGUGUCGAGAGAGGGAUUGGAGCCAGUGGAAGCUCGGAUGGAACAUCAGGCUCCUCACCGUGUCAUACUCGGGGAUCGUCGGUGCCGGGCUGUGCUUUACUCUAAUCGCCUGGUGCGUGAGGAUGAGAGGACCGGUCUUCGUGUUGGUUUUUAAUCCUUUGAUGUUGGUGAUCGUGGCCUUGGUGGGGUCUAUGGUGUUGGAUGAAAAAUUGCACCUAGGAAGCAUUCUAGGGUCAGGGCUCAUAGUACUUGGUCUCUAUGCGGUGCUAUGGGGCAAAAGAAUGGAGAAUAAGAAGAUGAAUCAGUUAGUGCCAUCGAGCAGCCCCAGUGAAUCUGAAUCCAUUGAGAUCGCUGUCGUCUCUCCCAACAAGAACGACGUUAAGGAGGGCGACGAUGUUCAAGAGUUGGCUCAAAAGGAGAGCGAAGUGAUCCAAGAAAGUUUUGAAGGGAAAAGACGCGGAGGAGGAGAACAAGCUCAAGGAGCAACCGACCUUGGAUUACCGUACCAUGUUUAUUGUCCCUAAUAUAGGAGAAAAUAUUCGGUGGUUGCAUAUCACCACAUU